AUGAUCUCCAUCAUAUUCACCUCCCUCGGCGUGGCAGCGCUGUAUCUCUACCAUGUCAACGCAGCCAUGAAACGGGUCCCCGAUGAGGCCCGCAAAUGCUCCCCGCAUCGCUGGACUGUCGACCAGGUCAAGGCGGCUUACAAGAAAGCCCUCGAGAACCCAAUCGAUAUCACUGACAGUCUGCCCCCGAAGCAGUCGCGCCGUUACAUCGUUGUGGGUGGAUCGGGUCUCGUGGGCGGCUGGAUCGUUUCACAUCUCCUCGCUCGAGGCGAAGAUCCGGCUUCAUUACGGAUUCUAGAUCUUCUCCCAGCAACGCAAGACAUUCUCGACCGCGGUGUCACCUUUAUCAAGACCAAUAUCACCGAUGAACUCGCCGUAUCCACAUCUUUCGAGCAACCAUGGCCAGAAACCGUGGCCAACCUUCCUCUUACCGUCUUCCACACUGCCGCAACAAUUCGUCCUUUCGAGCGUCUUGAGAUCCACCUUCCUCUAUGCGCAAAGGUCAAUGUCGACGGAACCAGAAACAUCCUCAAUGCUUCCAAGAAAAGCGGCGCUACCUGCUUCGUCUCUACUUCAUCUGGCUCAGUGACCCUGCACAAACCGAACUUUUGGAUCAUGCCAUGGGAGAAGCUGCCUCAGCGGGUGAUGCAGAUUCUCAGCGAUGAUGCGAAGCUGCCAGAGCGUCAUGAUGAGUUCUUCGGUAAUUAUGCCGUGUCGAAGAUUGAAGCGGAGCGUCUUGUCCGCGCGGCCGAUGACCCAGACGCCGGGUUCCGAACUGGCUGUAUCAGACCUGCGAAUGGAAUCUACGGUAUUGGAAGCGAUGCGAGCAUGACAGUCACCGGCGUGUAUCUGCGCAACGGCGGAAGUCCUACCUGGGUCUCCCCCGUAAUCCAAAGCUUCGUCAACGCCGAAAAUGUUUCCCUAGCACACCUCCUCUACGAGGCCCGCCUCCUCGAACAAUCCCGUCCCACAAGCACCCUCCCAAAUACAGGCGGCCAAUCCUUCGUCGUAACGGACCCCAAUCCCGCAAUCGCCUUCUCUGACAUCUACACCAUCCUAACAACCCUCUCCACCACACCCGUCGCCUUUCCAAUCCUCCAACCCCUGCCCCUCCUGCUGGUAGCCUACCUCGUCGAAGCAUACGUCUACAUCCAGCACGCAGUGCUGCCAUGGCUUCUGCCCAAGGUAACGGGGGAUCUGUUGCAGAUUCAGCCGUCGCUGUUUGCGAUUUCGGAUGUUUAUUGUAUUGCGGAUGAUGCGCGGGCGAGGAGGGCGCCUGAGGAGGGAGGGUUGGGGUAUAAACCUGUUCUUACGACGAUAGAUGGGAUGUGUAAGCAGCUUGUGGACUGGAAUGGGAAGGCGGAUGCGAAGAGGGUUGCGGAGGUUAAGGGGAUGGUGGAGGGUGGUGCGCUUUCGGUGGGAAAGGAUGGGGUGGAGGUUAAGCUCGUUUCGCCGGAGAAGAAGUUAUGA